AAGGUGAAAAUAAUAGACGAAAUUGAUAAUAAAUAAUUAAGUUGUACUAAAAGCUUAAAAAAUUGCUGGCGUAAUUCUAAGGGCUUAGCACUAAGCCAGAAAUUUCAAAAAAUAAUUUAAAUAAUAUAAAAAUUUAGGAAAACCGGAGAAGUAACACAAAUAAAUCAUAUAUUUAGUACUAAAAGUGAAAAAAUAUAAAAAAAUUAUUACAGUUCGUGAAAAAUUCGAAAAACGUUAAAAAUAAGUAUUAAACAUAAUUUGUGACGCUAACAUAUAGAAAAGAAAAGUAUUCAAAAAAAGUCUUUAAUACAUAUAUAUUUUAAUUUGCCCAACCGUUUUCGAAACCAUUUACUGCAUGAAUGCUCCAACGCGCCUGGCAACCCCUACAAGCAAACUCCAAUGAGUCACGCACAUAAAGAUAAACAUAAAACUGUAAACGCAACAACAAAUAACGGCUUUUCAUUAUAAAAAAUUUAUAUACGAAAAAAAUGUGCGUUUAAAAAUUUACUUAAGUCAAAUAAAUAAUUCAUAACGGCGCACGCGUUUAAGGAAAACAAAAGUAAACAAAAAAAAAAACAAUAAUCAAAGCACUAACGGUAAUGCAAACGGAAAUAACGGCAGAAAUCUCGACGGAAUAAGUAAUUUUGUGUUGCGCGAAAAAAAACAAGAACUACAGCGCAGCAGGCAAACGCGUUGAAGCGUGUAACGAGCAAGGAGCGAGUGAGCUCUAAUUGGGAAAGAGGCAAAAGUACGAAAGAGAAAAAAAAAUCACACACUAAAAGUUAAACAAAGCACUGAAAGUCCUCGCAAAUAACUGUAAACAAUUGGGAAACGCAAGUCUUAAGUGGCGACAAAGCCACCAAAAGCAGGCCAACAAAGCAAAUCAAAAGCAAGUAGCUCAACUAUCAACACAGCACUCAACUCAGUUCUCAGCUUUCAACCUCUGUACAUCUCAACUGACAACUAACAAUUUUUCGAAGACGACCAAAGUCAAAUAGUAAGCGCAAGGCAAGUCGGAGACCACAAAAAGUUGUUGGAGCACGCAAAAGUUGACGUGAGUUGCAAGCGAAUUCGCCAGCGCCAGCUGCAAAAGAGUGCGAAAACGAUAGAGGGAGAGAGAGAUAGAGAGAGAGAGGGAGAGAGGGUGAGAAAGUGUUAGAGGGCGAGCGCGAGCAAAAGAGAGAGUGUGAGUGAACGCGAGAUAGAGCACAUCCCUUGGGGCUUAAGCCACAAGUGCAUUCAUUUGCUUGAUAACUGCCGCGAAACUUUCGUUGCCAUAGCAACCGCCCUUUGACGACACAGCGAGCUCUAUGUGCGCUAACAAUACAAACUACAUAGACUUUAGUGUCUAUUUCCGCAAACAAUUGUCGCGCUCACUUAACUAGCUCACGCUGUGUAGAGAUCUGCGACUGUGUCACUAAUAAUUUUGACAACCACAAAUAGAAGGAAGUUACUUUUGCUUGGUUUAAGAGAAGAAAAAGAAGAAGAAGAAGAAGAAGAAGUUGAAACACAGACGAAAAUCACUUUCGCAUUGACUGACGUGCGAUUUCCCACAGCGCGCAGGACAAUAACGCUGAAAUUGAGGUCUUAACAAACAACGCUAAUUGACAAGUGCUCACCAGCUCAGCAUCAGAGCUCCCAAAUUGUAACGCGUUGGAGCAUAUCACACACACACAUACACACAAACGCACACACACGCAGUGUACAACCGCAGGUGUUUGACGCUUAUACUCGAGACGCGCCAUCCAUCCAUCCUUGCAGCGUAUGUUUGCAUGCUCGUUUAACUUGUAAAUUGUACCAAACGCCUCUGGGGGCAGACACAGCGCGUGUAAUUGUCGCGUGUAUUGAUUAAGUCUUCAAAUUGUGUUGUGCGCUGUGUCACAGCUUCUUCACGACUCAUCAUACUCGUGAUAAGCUCAGUGAUUGCUCAACCCAACUCAGACCGUUUUUACGUCUCACUUUAGCCUGAUUUGUGGUAUUUACAUAUAAAAGCUCCGUACGCGGCAAGCGCGCCCGCUUGUGUCCAACUUUGUUUUUGUUUUACAAAACCAAACCGAAAUUAACGUGUAACGCGCUCUCGUUUACUUUUUCGUCUAUAUUCAUUUUCAAUUGUUCAAUUGUGUCAUUUGUUCGUUUUAGAGACGACAAAGCGCGACGUCAAUUAGCUUGCUUUUGUGUGUGUUGUUGUUGUUGUUGCUUAUGAACUCACUCAGCGUUCGACUCUACGUUUAAGCAAAAAAAAAAUAAAAAAUAAAAUAACAAAACAACAAAACCAAAUUUAGCACCUACGACCAGUAGCUCCUCCAGCACAGUACCUGCUACCAGCCAAUUGUACUGCGUCAACAUCGCCAGCUCAACCCACCCACCCGCAUUGACACGGACAACAGUUGUACGUGUGUUCUUCAACGGAAGCUGAAAUCUAAGGACAUGGACCCGUCGCUGUUUGCCGUGUUGAUCUUUCUUGUGAUAAUUAAAGAAAGCUGCCAAGGACCACACGAAAAACGUCUACUUAACCACCUAUUAUCCACCUAUAACACACUCGAACGACCCGUGGCGAACGAAUCGGAGCCGUUGGAAGUGAAAUUUGGCUUAACGCUGCAACAAAUAAUUGAUGUGGACGAAAAGAAUCAGAUUCUGACCACAAAUGCGUGGUUAAAUUUGGAAUGGAACGACUAUAAUUUGCGUUGGAAUGAAUCAGAAUAUGGAGGCGUGAAAGAUUUGCGAAUAACGCCAAAUAAGCUCUGGAAACCGGAUGUGCUGAUGUACAACAGCGCGGAUGAGGGAUUCGAUGGCACGUAUCACACCAACAUUGUGGUCAAACAUAACGGCAGUUGUCUGUACGUGCCCCCUGGUAUCUUCAAGAGCACAUGCAAGAUAGACAUCACGUGGUUCCCAUUUGAUGACCAACACUGCGAAAUGAAAUUCGGUAGUUGGACUUACGAUGGAAAUCAGUUGGAUUUGGUUUUGAAUUCCGAAGAUGGAGGGGAUCUUUCCGAUUUCAUAACAAAUGGCGAGUGGUAUCUGCUUGCAAUGCCCGGCAAGAAGAAUACCAUCGUCUACGCCUGCUGCCCGGAACCCUACGUGGACGUUACAUUCACGAUACAAAUCCGACGGCGUACAUUAUAUUAUUUUUUCAAUUUAAUUGUGCCGUGUGUGCUGAUAUCAUCGAUGGCUUUAUUAGGAUUUACACUACCUCCCGAUUCGGGCGAAAAAUUAACAUUAGGCGUAACUAUACUUCUAUCCUUAACAGUAUUUCUAAAUCUUGUUGCUGAAUCCAUGCCGACAACGUCGGACGCUGUUCCUCUUAUAGGAGUUACAAUUCUUCUAUCGCUCACAGUGUUUCUCAACCUUGUAGCUGAGACAUUGCCCCAAGUAUCUGAUGCAAUCCCCUUGUUAGGCACUUAUUUCAAUUGCAUCAUGUUUAUGGUGGCAUCAUCGGUGGUGCUGACGGUUGUUGUACUCAACUAUCAUCAUCGCACUGCGGAUAUACACGAAAUGCCACCCUGGAUUAAAUCCGUUUUCCUGCAAUGGCUGCCAUGGAUUUUGCGUAUGGGUCGUCCUGGACGUAAAAUCACACGAAAAACAAUUCUACUAAGCAAUCGCAUGAAGGAAUUGGAAUUAAAGGAACGUUCUUCCAAAUCACUACUAGCCAAUGUGCUGGAUAUCGAUGAUGAUUUCCGGCAUACGAUUUCCGGUUCGCAAACGGCGAUCGGUUCAUCAGCAAGCUUCGGUCGCCCUACAACGGUGGAGGAACAUCACAAUACAAUAGGUUGCAAUCAUAAAGAUUUACAUUUGAUUCUUAAAGAACUGCAAUUCAUAACAUCGCGUAUGCGUAAAUCGGAUGAUGAAGCGGAAUUGAUAAGCGAUUGGAAGUUUGCGGCAAUGGUUGUGGAUAGAUUUUGUUUAAUUGUUUUCACGCUCUUUACAAUUAUCGCAACGGUAACCGUUCUACUAUCAGCUCCGCACAUAAUAGUCCAAUAAGCCUAAAGGAAAUUGAGGUUUAAGGAUAGACCUAGAAUAGAAAUAUUCAAACUACAACAGAGAGAAUACUUUACAAAGAGGGAUCUACUUGUUUCCAGACGAAAAACAAUUACUUACACAUACACAACAAGCAUACCAAUCAAUGGAUGGAAAAUGGAGUUCUAAUAUCUACAACAAAGUCAAAGAGAGGAGAUCGUACACUCAAUUGUAGUUUAGUGAUGAAGAAACUACACAAUAAUUAUUAAAUCACACGAAGGACAAUUGAUUAAGAAGAAUAUUAUAAAGAGAGAAAAAAAAUAUUACAAAAAAAUUGUUAAUUAAAUUUUUAA